AUGUCAAUCGUAUCAUUACUAGGAAUUGAAGUGUUGAAUAACCCAGCCAAAUUUACAGACCCGUAUGAAUUCGAGAUUACUUUUGAAUGCUUAGAACCGUUGAAAGAAGAUUUAGAAUGGAAAUUGACAUACGUUGGCAGUUCGAGGUCAUUGGAUCAUGAUCAGGAAUUGGAUUCUAUAUUGGUUGGACCAGUUCCUGUUGGUAUAAAUAAAUUUUUGUUUCAGGCCGAUCCACCAUCUCCAGAAUUAAUUCCAGCGAGUGAAUUAGUGAGUGUAACAGUUAUAUUGUUAAGCUGUUCAUACGCAGAUAGAGAAUUUGUAAGGGUUGGGUACUAUGUAAACAAUGAAUAUGACUCGGAAGAAUUACGGGAGAAUCCACCUGCUAAGGUGCAAGUUGAACAUGUUGUGAGAAAUAUACUUGCUGAGAAACCUAGAGUUACUAGAUUCAAUAUAGUUUGGGAUAACGAGGAUGGUAAUGCGGAUGAAUAUCCUCCAGAGCAACAAGUAGACGAGGAAGAAGAAGAGGAAGAGGAAGAGGAGGAAGAAGAAGAUGACGAGGAAGAGGAAGAAGAAAAAGAUGUAGAAGGAGAAGAAGGAGAAGAAGGAGAGGACGCCGAAGAAGCAGCGGAGGUUGAAGAGAAUGGAAGUAAGGAAGCUAGCAAAGAAGAGGAUAUCGAAGAGGAUAUCGAGGAAGACAUUGAAGAAGACAUCGAAGAGGAUAUCGAAAUCGAAGAUGAAGAAGAGGCCAAGAAUGCUGACCAAGGUGAAACACCAAUAGAUAAAGUUCAAAGUUAA